ACAUUUUCGUACCCACACUAUAAAUGGUCCUUUUAGACACUCUUUGUGUCUCAUUCAAUAACUGUGUUUUCCUUGUGCUCUGUAUUGAGGGCCAUUGUCUUAAGGUGUGUAGAAAUGGAUUGCAUUAGCCUUCUUUUCAGGCACUUGUACAUGUGGAUGUUCUCGCCUUUGCAACACCGUUUCUUCUUCAGAUUUACUCACUUAAAUUACUGCUGUUACAGUCAGCAAGAUUAAGCAUAGCUUGUUCUAGGCGUAGCUUUUCUCUCAGGAACUAGGUACACUAUUUGAUAAGAGCUAGCUAACCGUGUGAUGAUGUUAGUUUGUAGAGUGUUUGUGCUGUUGUGUGUGACGAUCGUUGCCCUCGGUCACGGGGUCAGCAAUCCGGUGGAGCUCAUUCAGAGGGAGAAUGCCAAGGUGGCCUUGGCCAGCAGUAUAUCGUUCAAGUUGUCCACUACCUCACUGAACAAGUCUGGUGAGUGGGUGGAGGUCUCCUGGGAUAAUGUGGACAGCCCUGACGACUACGACUGGGUGGGCGUAUUCUCCCCUCCCCUCAACGAUAUCUAUCAGAUCAACCUCCAACAACAGGCUCCUGUUAAACUACAGUUUGCCAGUUACUCGGAGACCCACUUGACUGGUGGUUAUGGCUCUCUCAAGUUCACGCUCAUGAACAUGCGAGACGAGUACAUUUUUGGCUUCUUCAGAGGAGGUCUCAAUAAACCCACUCUUGUGUCCAUCAGCAAAACUGUCUCAUUUUACAACUACAACGAACCAACACAGGCACACCUUGCACUCACUGGGGAUCCCACCGAGAUGAUCCUCCAGUGGACGUCACGUGAUCGUCUCAUGCCCGUGGUCUACUGGGGCAAAGAGAGUGGAGAUUAUGAGUAUAAGAAAACUGCUGAGACAACAUCGUACAAUGCUACUGACAUGUGCGGGAGCCCUGCCACUGACUGGGGCUGGAGGCACCCAGGUCUACUGCACCACGUCACUCUAGACAAUCUGACUCCAGGAGAGAUACACUAUUACAAGUACGGAGACUACUAUGCAUGGAGUCCAGAGUACAGCUUCAGAGCCUCCCCCUCUGCCGGUGCUGAUGUCACCACCACUGUCAUCACUUAUGGCGACAUGGGGUGUGGUCAGGUUGAUGACACACUCUUCCUAGCGGAGGAUAUUCAGCCGCACUCAUUUGACACAACUGACCUCAUUUUGACCAUGCUUGAUGACAUUGACUUUGUCCUCCACAUCGGGGACAUCAGCUACGCACGAGGGUUCUCCGCUGUCUGGGACAUCUUUAUGGACCAGAUAGAGCCCAUUGCUGUCCGGGUCCCCUACAUGGUGUGCAUUGGCAAUCACGAGAGGAACUGGUACGACACCUAUCCUGGGAUAUUCGACAACCCCGAGUCAGGUGGCGAGUGUGGCAUCCCUCACUACAAGAGGUUCCUCAUGCCCCGCCCAGGGGAGGACAUGGCCUGGUUUGGGUUUGAUUAUGGCCUGAUCCACUUUGUGAUGAUGAGCACGGAGCACGACUUUGACAUUGGCACUGAGCAGUACUACUUCUUAAAGGAACACCUGGAGAGUGUGGAUCGUAGCGUCACCCCCUGGCUCAUCUUCACCGGACACAGACCAAUGUACAUAGCCAGCUCUGAAAUUGAGGACCAUCAAGUAGUGGCUCAGAACCUCAGAGACAACAUCGAGGACCUCCUCUAUGACAAUAACGUUGAUAUAGCGAUGUGGGCCCACCACCACUCGUACCAGCGCACUUGUGCCGUGUACAAGGAGGUGUGUACGGACGGAGCUCCCAUACACACUGUCAUUGGAAUGGGAGGACGGGAGUUGUCCACUGACCUCAUUCCAACUGAGACUCCGGAUUGGAUUGAAGCUGUUGACUAUUAUCACUAUGGUUACGCCAAGAUCACUGCAGACUCAAGCAGUUUGACGUGGGAAUUUGUCCGAGAUGAAGAUAGCACCACCUACGACGAGAUCGUCCUCUCACGAGAUGUCCAGCAGCGCUCCCACAACUCAAAGGUCAAAGGGCGCCACUCGAGUGUCAAAGGGCGCCACUCGAGUGUCAAAGGGCGCCACUCUAGUGUCAAAGGGCGUCACUCAAGCGUCAAAGGGCGUCACUCAAGCGUCAAAGGUCGGCAUUUUGAUCGAACACCAAAGGAUUUUCAUUCCAAACACACUCCUGAUGAUGAGAUUUUGGAACCUUACCAGGACGCUAAUGAACUUUAGAUAUAACAGACACUGUACUUUAGGUAGAAAUAGGUAUCGAUGUACACAUUUUGUAUAGAAACAAAAACUGUGCAGAUAAAUAAUGGAACAUUGAGUUUGUGUUAACAGUACUGUUCUUUGUCACAGAGAAAAAUGCAAUUAAUGUUCAUAUGCAUGCAUGUCAUGCACUGUAACCGAGAAACAAAAGCUCUUAGAUCAUGUAUAUACCGGUAACAUGUCUCAUACAUUAUUUUCACUGUCAACAUAAUAAUUAUAAUUAUUGUGUCAAAUUGAAA